AGGAGCUCGUUUUCUUUUGUUUUUGUUUCGACGUUUACACAGAACAGUUACGUUGUGUUGUCCCUCGUAGCGUACUCCUUUUUUCUUUCUAUUUAACGGUAGCUCUGUAGCAUUAAAAAGCCUCUCUUCUACAUUUCUCUCAUUCAACUCUUGUUUGCUGUCAAAUAGCUUUAUUGUUGAACAGCAAAUUCUGCUCCCGCGUUCCCUUGCACUUCUUAGCGGUUCCGCUUGUCACACUUUCGAAGUGUGCUGUAGUAGCCCACUGACACGUUGCUGAUUUGACCUUCCAUCAUCGGAAUCAUCUUCGCUUCUUUUCUACCCAUUAGGAACUUUUUGUGGUGCGUGACGCUAAUAGAUCUUUGAUUAUCUUUCUUCUUUUUUCUUAUUGCUAAAUCUGACUCUUGUGUCGUUUUUCUCCACACACGACUACUCGAGUUUUCCAUCGUUAACGACGCUUAUGUCUCGCACCUCCUCCACCUAUGUGUCGCCAAAUCUUGGUCCGACAGCUCCAUGGGGACAGCAGACGUCGACGGGUGUGUUUCGCCCACCGCCAGCAAUGACAUUGAGCCCCGGCGCAGAGGAUGCGUCUCGUCACGAUGCGAAGUCGCCCCCGCCUUCCUAUUCUGCUGGCACCGUCGAUUCGGCUAACGAGCACGGUCUCGCGCCAGGACCGGGCCACUCGUACCCGGUCGUGAACGGCAGCGCCAACGCUAGGCGAAAUGACGGAGGAAACUAUGUUGCUCCGUCCCCACCGCUGCAGUCCACCAGCCCGCCUUUUCAUCCGCAAAAUCACUUUGGCAACGUGCCCGCGACACUCUCCCUCACAUCGUACAACCUGACUGCAGUGCAAUCCGCCAACAUCGAGGAUGCGAAUGGGAGCGGCAGCGCGGUUUCUGCGGAUCGGCUCAUGAAGAUGAUAUCGUACUCGGUGCACCGGGAGGAGGAUUCCUUCCUCGCAAGGAAAGAGAGCAAUCGAGUGCUAGAAAAAGAGCUGCAACAGGAGCAAGAGCUGCGCCGCGAAACGCAGCGACAGCUGGACAUUCUCGACGAGUCAUUCAACGCAAUGCAAAGCAUUCGCAACGCGCAGUUGCAACUGGCUGUGCAGCUAGGCAUCAGCCUGGAAUAA